ACUUGCCCCCCAAGUCAUCCGCAUCGUCUCGAUUGCUGUUCACCGCCUCUGUUUGACUGCGUGUCUCCGCUGGACCGCUCGUCUCGAUUCAGUCUGUCCCGAGCAAUAACCAUGGCUUCCGCCGACCCUUUUGCCGUCUUUGCCGACCCCUCCGUCUCAUCAAUCAGCCGCAGCCGUGCGCUUGCCAUCCUCAGAGGCACAGACACCAACCGUGACUUGCCCCGACCAGAUCCCGAAGACAUCUGGAAUGGCUUUCUGCAGCAUGGCCCGCGGCUCAUUGCCUCUGCAGACUUUGAGUGGAUGGCCAUCGACCUGACCUAUCUGCUGCUGUCGACCCAAUACAAGGAACAGUUCACCGACGACCAGGCUCAGCAAGCCAAGGCAGUUCUGCUUGCCUUCAAGGACCGCAUCGAGGCUUCCGGCCAGUUCUUUUGCAUGAGCUCGUCCGAGUGGUCCUGGACCAACUCGGUCAUCUCCACCCUCGUUUCGCUGAUGCGUGUCUACUUUUCCUCGCGCCUGGCCGAGUUCGAGUCCUUCACCCAGUCCUUUCACUCGAUCCACGAGUACUGCUGCAUCUUUCGCUACUUCCGCUUCCUGGGCGACAGCAUCUCGGUCUCGCCCGAAGUGCGGAGCGCUCUCAUGGCCCUCUCGGACAAGUUCCGGGACUCGUAUGACGAGUACCCGGUGGCGGCCGCCGACGCCGCCAAGGUCUUCCUCGACCCGAGCGUCGAUGGCCGCAUCCGCCGGUUCGCACUCAAGAAGGCUGUCGAGCUCAUAGAAGGCGCAACGUCCAAAUCGGACAAGCUCGCCAGCAACAAGCUUGCCCAGGAGUUGAUGCCGCACCUGGUCACCUUGACCAAGGAGAGCUUUUUUGGCUGGAUCCUGGUUGAGUACUGGAGUGUCGCUGGGUAUGUGCUCGACACAUAUGUCCCCGCAAAGGGGCAGAUUACCGAGGAAGACAUCUUGUGGAUGCUCGAGCUGCUUCCCAUUGCCUGCAACCUGCAUCCGGACGCAUACAACUAUGCUUCGUACAAGUUCAAGGUGUCCGCCGUCAUCAAGCUUGUCAAGGCCAACUUUGACACCGACUCGCCCGUGGUCCUAGAGGCAUAUGAAAAGUGCUGGUCAGCCUGGAUCUCUGGAAACAUGGGAAGCAUGACGAUCUCGAUCAUCUCGGAUGUUAUAUCCAAUGCUCCGAGCUUCUGGAAAAGCAAAGUUCCCUCAGUUUUGGAGCUGAUUCUAGCAGGAUCGCUGGAAUCCACGCUGGAACUUACGCUUAGCGGCCAGAUUACGAUGCUCGGCACCACCGAACCCUCGGCCCUCUAUCCGCAUCUCAAGCUCAUUGGCGAGAAUAUCUCCAAUCUGUCCAUCUUGAACAUCUUCAACCUUGUGGCAAAUUCCCCCUCCGAGAUGUGGGCUGCAAGCGGCAUCGACGGCAUGAAGCUCAUCGACUCCCUCGGCGCCGUCCAAGUCAUGUUUAUCCCUAAUAUCACCAGAGUCAUUGGCAUGCUGGUCACAGCCCAUCCGGAACAGUAUUCUGACAUGGCAGUUGUUCGAAAGAUUGACGAUCGUAUCAAAUCCACUAGCACUUUCUACUUCGCCUUCAAUAUCUACGGCACCCUUGGCCUCCAUUCGCCCAAAAUCCGACCCGAAAUCGUGCAGCUCCUCAUGGAGUGGCUCCGCAAACCGCUCCAAGACUAUGAAAAACUGGCGGUUCUCACCAAUCUAAAGCCAAUUGCCGAAGCUGACGUCGAUAUGGUCAAGCCAUACCAGAAAGAGAUCGAGGCGGUCCGAGACGCCAGCGCCGGCAGUACGCGCGAAUCGGCGCAGGCUCUAUGCGACACCCUCGAUGGCAUCAGCUUGAGGUCUCUGGCUGCCAAGAUCGUCAACCUCGAUGGCAUCUGGAAGCAGAUUGGCUUGGAUGCCAACGACCCGUUUUUGAACGCCGUGGCAGAGUCGCAGACCCAGGCCGGCAACGAAGCUGCCCAGCAGUACGAUGUGCUCCUGUCAUACAACCGUGAUAGCCACCAUGCCUUUGAGGCUGCCGACAAAAUCAGGGCCGCACUGGUCGAGAAGGGCUUUGUCGUGGCUAUGGAUGCGCCGCGCGAUAAGCUGGACUAUAAACGUGUGGCCAAGCACAUCAUGAACAGCCAAGUCGUGUGCCCAUGUCUCAGCCGGGACUACGAGGAGUCAGAGAGUUGCAAGCGCGAGCUCGGUUUUGCGGCCGACCAAGUCCGCCUGGGCAAGAAAAUCGUUCCCAUCCGCCUGGAAGACGCUGCCUUCACCUGGACAGCGCUGAUUACCUCUGGACUGCUCUACACCAUGUUCUCCGAUCGCGAGCUGGAUGACCAGACCAAGCUCGAGGAAGCCGCUCUCAACCUCGUGAAAGAGGUUGCUGCCGCCCUGGGAAAGCCCUUGCCUGGCGCCCAUGAGUCUACCGCCGCCGGUGACGUCUACAAGUCCCUGGGAUUCAACUCAGGUGACCCAUUGCUGCAAGAAAUCGACAAGCUCAAGCAGAGCCAAGGUACCAAGGUGUACGACGUGAUGCUCUCGUACAACUGGGCACACCAGUCCACAGUCUUGCGCAUCAAGGAGUGGCUCGAGGGCCGAAAUGUCUCGGUGUGGAUGGACACGGACCAAAUGAGUGGAAACAUCUACACCAAGAUGGCCGAGGCCGUGAUGGGCUCCAAGGUGAUCUGCGCCUGUCUGACGGCGCAGUACGAGAAAUCGGCAAACUGCAAACGCGAGCUCGGAUUUGCGGGCGACCAGGUCCGGAAUGGCAAAAAGAUCAUUCCCCUCCGGCUGGACGACACCGAGCUGACAUGGUCGGCUCUGAUCACGGCCGGCCUUCGCACCAUCAAGGUCGAAGACGAGCACCUGAAGUCGGACUCGCAGUGGGACAUUGUGAUGCAGAGCCUCCUGGAUGAAAUCCUGGUCGCAUUGGGUGCUGCCGCAGCCCCUGCUUCUGUCCCUGCUGUCCCUUCCACCUCUGCUUCGUCUGCUCCCGAUCAGGUAGCCCCAGCUGCCACACAAACCGGCGCUGAGACAGCAGCCCCUGCCAAGACACACCACCAUGCCCCGGUUCGCACCACGACGUUUGGCCAGUUGGACCCGGUCGGGGCGGCUCAGGAUGUGGGAGCAUCGCCUGAGGGCUAUGUGCCGCUGAAGGACUUUGAAGCCCUCCGGGAGAGAGUGCGCACCCUGGAGAUGCUGGUGACCCGCCAAACGGCUCUGCUCGAGAAGCUGAUUCUCAGUCGCCGUUGACGCUGCCAUCGCCAGAAAUGCGUCGCGGGAGGUGUUGGCUUGCUGGCUUGGUUUCGCUUGGUUGUUGCUCGUUAGUCGCUGUGCGUUGUAUUGUUUUCACAACUUAUCCACUGUUCUGGAUCUUGAAUACACCGGAUCCGUCGCCCAUCA